AUGUGCUCUACACCUUUUGGUCUAUCAAAUCUGUCGUUUCAUGCACUACAGAGACUCUCUUCCUUUUUUGCCUUCUUUGCCUUUUUUGCCAUUUUUUACCUUUUUUGCGCUUUUUGCCCUUUUGCCUUUUUUGCCUUUUUUGCCUUUUUUGCCUUUUUUGCCUUUUUUGCCAAUUUUGCCUUUAUUGCCUUUUUUGCCUUUUUUACCUUUUUUACCUUUUUCGCUUCUCUUUUGUAUUUUGCCUUUUCUGUCCCCACACAAUUUUCGGUUUCUUCACUUUCCACUUUUCACAGUCCAAGAUCUUGAUUGGAAUCUGAUUAA